AUAUUCCCACGGCAUAUACCCCUUUCACGACCAUUUGGUUAUAAUAAGAUCCUUUCGUCAAUUCACAUCGCAAUGAAAAGUCUUGGGCCAAAGGCCCACAAAGCCCGUUUUGCUGAUUCUCUGUUUUCACAAAAAAAAAAAAAAAGAAGGUUUUCUGGGGGUACAGCCAGCCUCCAUUAACAGAAGAACUACAGAAGGAAGGAAGCAGCAAAAACAUGGCCGCAACUUGUCCUGGAACUGCUCCUUUUAACCAAAAUUGGGAUUUUAGCUGUAACUUGGAUGUGAAUUUCGAAACGGAACAACAUGCUUUCAUUGCUUACAGAGCAUUGGCUGUUGAUAAAGAGUUGCAGCCUGAUAAGGUGAGAAGAGUCAUGUCCGUAUCAAACAACAAGCUUUCUGUCCACUUUGAGGCAAUAGAGGCAAGGCUUCUUCGAGCAUCCUUCUCUGCGUUUCUUGACGUUCUUACACUGGCCACAAGAACAAUUCAAGAAUUUGGGCAAAUCUGAAAGCACCAAUGUGUAGACGAAUGUUGAUUCUUUCUCUUUGUCCCUUCAAGAAUUCAAUUAUUGUAGUGUUUAUCAAGCAGUGUAUUGUUAUGUUGUGGCUGAAUCGAACUGUAAAAUAUAUUACAUUUAAAGCUUAUGAUUUUGACUAGGU